UGUGUGUGUGUGUGUGUGUGCGUGUGUGCCCUUGGGCCCCUUGACUUGUGGAGCUUCUUGCUCCUCUGCUGCAGCAGCGCAGCGCGGCCGUGGGCGCGGAGGGCCCCGCCCCUCUCGCGGUGACGGGGAUGCCGCCGGGCCCGUUCCAGGUCGGGGUCACGACCAGGCAGUUCGACGACCACCGGCGAAGGGACCCCGACUCGGGCGGCCCCCGGCGACUGCAGACGGAGAUCUGGUACCCUGCCGCCGCGGAGGCCGCCGCCCUGCCGCCCAACCGCUUCUCCGAGUUCCUGGGGCGCGGCGCGAUCCCCGGGAGCAUCGAGGCCGCGAACGCGGGCGACGCCAUCGGGGGCUACCUUCCCGGGCUGACCAUCGAGCAGCUCGACCGCGAGUGGCCCAACGCCGCCGUGCGCGACGCGCGCCCGCUCGAGGCCGGCGCGGAGCGGUGGCCGCUGGUCGUCUUCUCCCACGGGUCCGGCGCCUUCCGUGCCAGCUACAUCUACUUCACCGAGUUCUUGGCUUCUCACGGCUUCGUCGUCAUGGCCUGCGAUCACCUGGGCAGCAUGGAGGCGGACAGACCCGAGGACAUGAUCUUCCUGAUCGACGAGAUGGCCCGUAUGGCGGCGGGCGGCGACAGCCGCUUUGCCGGGAGGGUGGACGUCUCGAGGUGCGCUCUGACUGGCAUGUCGUUCGGUGGCUUUGCCUCGGCCGCCGCGCUUGAGAGGCAGGACCCCCGGGUGAAGGCGGCGAUCAUGAAGUGUCCGUCGCUUGCGUCCGGGGGCGGGCGUCUGCCAGAGGAGCGCGCUAACCGCGCGACGCCCGUCUUCGUGAUGCUCGGGGCAGAGGACACCGUGAUUGGAGAGCGGGGCAACGAGCUCUGCAGGCAGUAUUUCGCCACGCACAGCGGGCCAGCGUGCCUUCUUGAGAUCAAGGCUGGCGGGCACGUGAGCUUCACCAGUUGUGAGCUCUACAACCCGAGCUAUGGCAACGGCAUCGGGGAGAGCAAGAGCCUGUCGCAGCCGGGCGCCACGUACACGCCCCUGCCCAUCGCGCAGCAGCAUGCGAUAGUGAACAGCUACGCCCUCGCGUUCCUGAACGCCUAUCUGCGACCCUCUUCCGAGCAGGCGGCGGCGAGCAGGGCGUACCUGCAGACGAACCAGUUCGGCGACGAGAUAGUGCUGACGAGCAGGCUUUGAUGCCAGCUCUUCUGGCGGCUUGUUUCCUGGUCUGCGGCUUCAUUUGAUUGAGUGGUCCGCGCACGGACGGUUAGCGUGCACAGCCAAAUCUCGCUGCCAGACGAAAUUACAGCCUGUUUAGAGUAGGGGGACAAGGAAUAUGAGCAGG